GUAAAAGUACUAAAUUGCUAUAGUUAUAUAAGCAACAUAUAUAGGAUGAAAACCUGCAGGACGUACUUGAUGGAAAAUAAUCUUAUACAAUUCUAAGAACGCUUUUUAAUACUAUAAUAUUGUAGUACUAGUUUAGAGUGGCCUUACUAGUUUCAACUGCACUCAAGUAACGUACGUAAUCACGAAACAUGCGCCGUUCUUGUAGAAAUAGUGCGGAACUGAGAAAGGGUUUGUGGACUGCAGAAGAAGACGAUCGUUUAAGGAAUUGUAUUGCCCAGUUCGGCGAAGGCAAAUGGCAUCUCGUUCCAACAAGAGCUGGGUUGAACAGGUGUAGGAAAAGUUGCAGGUUAAGGUGGCUGAAUUAUCUGAAACCAGAUAUAAAGAGGGGAGACUUCAGUUCUGAAGAAGUUGAUCUCAUGAUCCGCCUUCAUAAGUUGUUAGGCAACAGGUUUUCUCACGUAUACUUGGAUUAAUUCCCUUUUAUGGAAAAGCGUACAUGUGUCGAGUUCUCUUCCGGAAUAACCAGAAACGUUUUAGCACAACCACCCAAAAUGGGAAAAAUCCUGCAAAAAUCCCCUAACAGUGUCUUGCUUUCCACUUUUUCCCAUAAUAAUGAUAUAUAGGUGGUCACUCAUAGCGGGGAGACUUCCUGGACGGACUGCAAAUGAUGUGAAAAAUUAUUGGAACACUCAUAUGCUGAAAAAGACUGUUGCAACCAGAGCGACAGGUGCAGAAAAGGUCAAGUUGGCAAACUCUGACAGCAACGGCAAUAUUAUAAGCAGCAAUACAACAACCAGCAGGCCAUUCAAGCCUCGGCCCCGGUCCUUCUGGAAACAAACUUACGACAAAAACAACCAAAAAAAGAAGGACGAUUUGGGCGUGAUUGAGGGGAUCGGAAGAAAAUUAGGUGCUGCUGGGGGAACCCCCUUACGGCAGGAUUCACCUCCUUCUUCCACCACUUCAUCCUUGCAAACUGACAAAAAUGGUAUUAAUUGCGAUGGCGAAGGAGGCAUCAAGUACUGGUGGGACAAUUUGAUUGAUCUUGAUGAUCCUGAAAAUGAUCCUUACUACUUUUAUGAUGAUAAUGAUAAUAACAUAUGUCCUUCGUCCUUUGGUGGGGUCUCUGGCGCCGGCCCGGAAUCGAUUCCGGAUAAUGAUUUCUCGACAAGCCUAAUGAGCUGCCCAGAUCCCCAAGGUUAUCUGUCGUCCAAGUUCGUUGAGGGGGAGGAGGUAGUGGUUGAAGAAGGUGGCGCCGCCGCCGCCUCUAACUCCGCUGCCUUCCUCCGCGGUGAUGAAGAAGAAGAAGCUAAUAUAAUUGGUUCUUCUUACUGCAGCUCCGGUUUGUUCUCGCCUGAUUCUGAUUUCUGGGGUCUGCUGCUCAGUACUACUGCUACUGAUCAUCAGUUUCAUCAACCGGCCGCCGCCUUGGUCCUGUGAUUAAUUAUAUAACCUCUCUUUCAAGCUUUUCAAUGCUUUUAAGUAUAUUACGUACUCUGUGUUAGGGUUCUUUCGUCUCUCAGCAAAUGCCUGCCAACCAUAUCCUCGUCAUGGACGUGGUUGGUAUGCAUUGGUUGAUGGAAUUACUUAAGUAUCCUGUUUCAACAUCAUCAAAUUGUUAUGUGUGUUUAAGUACUUCCAUCUCAGUUCGACUUUAUAUUUAUGAACCUCGAUAAAUGUUUGUCCAUGUUUUUGUGUUCAUUUUUAUUGUUUAAAACUGUAAAAUUUCUGUUGAAAAUGUAGCGGAUAAAAAAUGUGCUGGGA